GCCAGUUCGGUGAUAUCGAGCGCCUUCAACACGCGUGUUAAGCUGACAUUUAGGGAGAGGAAAAUGAUGAAAAGCUCCUCCAAUAAGCUCUUCAUCCUGAACAACCUCUUGCGUGUCUUCUCCGCUCUGUGACAGUAUUAGAAUAUAUUCAGAUUAAGGAAUCGAAGUGUUCUGAUACAGAAAUACAGAAAUGAUGGUCAUAUCUAAAGGUUGGUACCUUCUCCGGAGGUAUAUUCUAACUAUCCCUCGAUUCGACCUGUUCCUGCAGGGAGCUCUACUCAUUGUCGUGUUCCUGGAGAGCUACUCAUAUCUUCUAAUAAGAAGAAAUGCCGGCACGGGUUACUUGUCAUCAAUCAAUGAAGAUUGGGUGAAGAUCGGCGUGGCUGGAGCUGAGUUCUUCCUCGGUUCUGUAGUAGCUUGGUCCGGGAGGGGUGUGAGACACUUCGCAUUAUCUGGGUGGUUGGGCCUGACAGCGGUGUCGGGUCUGAUAGUUCUGGCCUUCCCAUACCCUGACUCCGGACGACGCUCUGUCCAACUGUGUGGAGGCGGUUCAAUAUCCGGGUACAAUGAUGUUGAGGCAGUACCAAUCGACCAUUACCUUCAAGCAAGGACCGGAUUCCUUGUGCUCACGGCUGUUCUGUGCGCGCUCACGAAAAUAAGCGUCUGGGCACACGGCAUCACAUAUCUAGAUGACCACGAACCUGAGAGUGGAACAUACUUUUAUGGUAUCCUAAUCUCUAUCAGAUUGUCUCUGGGUCUAAGCGCUCAGAACUGGUUGCAGCACGUGUCAGUGCGUGAUGACUGGUGGGAGGCUCAGGUUUCCCUGGCCAUGCUCACUCUGAUGUUCUCAAUUCUUUUCACGUUGUUCCCUCAUAAAAUGGAAGGAUAUAAAGAUUUCGAAGAGUUGGAAUAUAACUGUAUUUUAGCUCCAAUCGGUCGUAUGCUACGCAAUAAAGCGUUGAUGCUCCAAGUAGCGGCUCUCUCAAUCCUCAACACCGCUGUAUUUGGUUACGUAAACUUUGAUACUGCUUCCAUACAGGCUAAGUUCUUCGUGGAAACUCUACGCCAAGAUCCUCGAACAGUGCGGACAAUCAUGGACAUCUUUAGAUCGCUUGUCAUCAUUUUCUUCGUGUCUAUAUUCCGCAUGCGCUUCUCGGGCCGCCGUAGCGACGGUGUGAAAUCUAACACAGCGUCACGUGUAGGCGGGGCUGUAUGUGUUCUGGUGGCGGCCUUCUUUGCGGUGCUGGCUGGCCUGCACUGUAAUACCGGAGAGCUGGCAGGGUUCGGAGGUCUCACGGAGGAAUACGAGCAGCCCUCGUGUAGCGCGCAGUGCGGGUGCAGCUCCGAGAAGUACGGCUUCAGUCCGGUCUGUAUUCUGAACACCUCAACAACAUAUUUCUCUCCGUGCCACGCUGGCUGCCGCGAGUAUGAGGACUUAGGGGGAUUCUUACUGUUCAGUGAGUGUGCGUGUGGCUCCGGACGUGCGGUUAGAGGUUCCUGUAACCUCGCUUCCUGCUGGCUGCCCUAUUCCCUGUACCUCGUUUUCUUCACACUCAUGCUUGCUAGCAGUGCUGCGUCGUUCCUCAUGCAAGGGAUGGCUAUAUUAAGAGCUGUUCCCCGCCGGGAUAAACCCAUCGCUAUCGGGGUCGCCUUCUCCAUCGUGGGUCUGACUGCCCACGGCCUCGGUCACUUGCUCUAUAUGGUUAUAGGAUAUUUAACCUGCGGUUAUAGCGACGGUGAGACCUGUCUGCUGCACGAUUACAGCAUUUGGAUUGUGGGUGCCGCAAGUGCCGUAUUAGCUGUGCUGUCCGGGGCAAUAAGUAUCUUAGCUAGCAGGUGUUCCAAUUCCAAUUCCGGCUGAUUCGCUUCAGGUCAAG